CGGGCCCUGUGCUAUACAGCCUCCUGCCAGGAGAUGUCUUGCAGCGAACAAGGGGAGUGCAUCGAGACCAUCGGGAACUACACCUGCUCCUGCUACCCUGGGUUCUAUGGGCCAGAAUGUAAAUAUGUCAGAGAGUGUGGAGAAUUUGAUCUCCCUCAACACAUGCUGGUGAACUGCAGCCACCCCCUGGGAAACUUCUCUUUCAACUCAAAGUGCAGUUUCCACUGCACUGAAGGGUACCGACUGCAUGGACCCAGCGAGCUGGAGUGUUUGGCUUCUGGAAUCUGGACGAAGAAGGCCCCACAGUGUGUAGCUGUGCAGUGUCAGCACCUGGAAGCCCCCGGCAAAGGAUCCGUUGACUGUGUUCAUCCGCUUGCUGCCUUUGCAUAUGGCUCCAGCUGUAAAUUUGAGUGCCAACCUGGCUAUCGAGUGAAGGGCUUUGACACACUUCACUGCAGUCGCUCUGGCCAGUGGACCGCACCUUUGCCCACCUGUGAGGCCAUUUCGUGUGAGCCACUGGAGAGUCCCAUCCACGGAAGCGUGGACUGCUCCUUGUCCUCAACAGCACUUCAGUACAACGCCACCUGUAGCUUCCGCUGCGCCGAGGGCUUCAUGCUGAGAGGAGCUGACAUAACUCGGUGUACUGGUUUGGGACAGUGGACAGCACCAGUCCCAGUCUGUCAAGCUGUGCAGUGCCAGGAUCUUCCAACUCCAAACAAGGUCCAGGUGAACUGUUCCCACCCCUUUGGCACCUUUCGGUUCCAGUCAGUCUGCAGCUUCACCUGUAACGAAGAAGGAUUGGUCCUGGUGGGAGCAAGAGUGCUACAGUGCUUGGCUACUGGAAACUGGAGUGCUAUUCCUCCAGAAUGCCAUGCUAUUACCUGCACACCUUUGCUAAGCCCUCAGAAUGGAACAAUGACCUGUAUCCAACCUCUUGGAGAUGCCAGUUAUAAAUCCACAUGUCAAUUUAUCUGUGAUGAGGGAUUUUCUUUAUCUGGACCAGAAAGAUUGGAUUGUACUCCAUCUGGACACUGGACAGGCUCCCCACCAACAUGUAAAGCUUUUGAUGUUUACCACAACUCUGAAACAAUGAGGAAAG